AUGUGGCUUUCUCCCGGAGCAGAGGCACCACAGGCGGUCGCUGAGGCCGAGGCUACCGGUGGUAAGGGCCCGGGUUUACCGCAGGUCCGUGGACUUUACGGUCGAGAUGAGACAGAGCUCCAGGACAGCGGGAAGAGACGAGGACCAAGACCCAGACCGAGCCGAGGUCUGGAAACGACAACGUGUAAGUGCAGCCUCAGCGACGCAGCAGCUGUGCAGACCAGGCCCCUCCCCCUGCCUGACCUUUGCCGCCGCCUUUAUGUCCCAAAAUACAGCCGCGACCUGCACGGGCUCAAGUUCAGCCACAUUUAUCCAGGAGCGGGACAACAGAGGGGGCAGCUGUCUGAGCCCGAGUCCACCUCAGAGUCCAGUCCACCUCAGAGUCUACCUUAUAGUCUACAUUUUGGGUCUAACCUCGGAGUCUUCUUCGGAGCUGCCACAUCACUAUCAGAGGCAGGUGUGGCCUCAGAGGUGGAGCUCAGCAUGGACACCCCAGAGGACCCCCUGGUGGCCCAGGCCCUGGCCCAGUUCCAGUGCACCCUCCAGGCCGCGGUGCGAGAGGUGCACGUGGACGUCAGCGCCUUCAAGCAGAGGGUGGAGCGCAGGAUAGAGGACGUGAGUGCGAGCCACGCCCCGCUGACGGAGGCCGUGUCCCGGCUGCAGGAGGAGAACCAGCAGCUCAGGGUGAAGCUGGAGGCCCUCAGCCGCAUGGUGGAGGGCCUGACCCGACUGAGGCCCGACGGGAACCUGGAGAUGGGCAUGCACAACGGACAUGAGGUCCUGGAAGACAAGAGAGAAGAGAGGGAUCAGAGCUGUCCGCCCAGAACAGCAGGUCCUGAGCUCUGCUCUGAGAGUCCUGGAGUAAACCCUGAGCUCUGCAACCAUGACCCCACCUCAGGCCCAGGACCAGAGCCCCCCGCACCUCCUCCUGCCCUCCCCAGCAGCCCGGCACCUCCUCCCUGGAGGACCAGGAGACUCGUCGACAGCAGUGACACAGACGUGAAGAGAGAGCGGAGCGCCCCCACAGUCGGACAGCAGAGCGGGACACUGACAGACAAAGACCCUGAGGUGACGGGCCGACCUCACCUCCCUCUCACUGCGGUGGCUAAGACCAGUCCAGAGCUGGGGACUGAGACCAGUCCAGAGCUGGGGACUGAGACCGGACCAGAGAUGAGGACUGAGGCCAGACCAGUGACGGGGACUGAGACCAGGUGCACAGCUGCAGAGACCAGGACCUCCAAACACACACAAGAGGCAGAGGGGCCUCUCCCGCACCGUCCCGUCACAUCCACCAGUAAAGCAGCUGCAGACGACAAGGCUCCAGCUGAGAACAGUGCCCCCUACAGGAGAGGCUCCUGUGCUCUGAAGGAGGUGACACUGCCAUCAUCCCAGGACCAGGUGGGCUCAGCUGUGGAUUCCUUGGCCCACUCCCCCCUCACCGCACUGACCAGGACUAGCCAGGAGCCCGGCCCGACCAGAAGUGACCACACACACAUGAGUAGCCAGUCCCCACGGCCAAGGAGAGCGGAGGCUGCCUUCAGACCAGAUGUGACUGAGCCUAAGUGUCACUCUGUUGUACUGUCUGCUGGGAGUAAAACCGGUCCAGAGUGUGAGGCGGUCCCCUUCCCCUCCUCCCCCCCUGACCCUUCCUCCCCCACCUCCCCCUCUGACCCACAGUCCUUCUGUCUGUCCUCUCUGCAGGACACCCCCACCAGGCCCGGAGAGUACCCCUUCAAACGCACUCCCAUCGUGAAAACGCCCAGUCCCAUCCUGAAGAGGAGUGUGAGCUUCCCCCAGCCCACAGAGAAACUCCUGCCGUCCAAAUCCAUCAUAAAGUCUGGAUUCUCUCCCAGUUUGGCCAAAAAGAGCCUGAAGUCUGGAGGCAGUGGUCCGGAGCUGAAGUCCCAGAUUCUCCCUCGGUCCAACGGGGCUCAGGUCAAGAGGGCCAUGUUCGAGAGGAUGAACUCGGAGCCAAUCAAGCCAAAAGACGGUAAGCCCAAACUGAAGCGGUCUCAGAGUUUUGGUGUGUCCAGCGCCAGUGGCAUCAAACAGAUCCUCCUGGAGUGGUGUCGCUCCAAAACCAUUGGAUACCAGAACAUUGACAUCCAGAACUUCUCGUCGAGCUGGAGCGAUGGCAUGGCCUUCUGUGCCCUGGUCCACUCCUUCUUCCCUCUGGAGUUUGAAUACAACGAUCUGAAGCCAGAAAACCGCAAGCAAAACCUGCAGCUGGCCUUCUCCACCGCAGAGAAGCAGGCGGACUGUCUGCGUCUGAUCGAGGUGGAGGACAUGCUGAACAUGGGGGACAAGCCGGACCCCAUGUGUGUCUUCACUUAUGUGCAGUCCCUCUACAACCACCUCAAGCCCCCCCUGUCGCCCUGUGAGCUGCCCUCAAAGCCACACUCCCCUCCUGCUGUAGGCCACACCUCUCCUGCUACAGGCCACACCCCUCCUGAUGUAGGCCACACCUGUCCUGCUACAGGCCACUCCCCUAAUGCUACAGGCCACACCUCUCCUGCUACAGGCCACUCCCCUCCUGCUGCAGGCCACACCUCUCCUGCUACAGGCCACUCCCCUAAUGCUACAGGCCACACCCCUCCUGCUACAGGCCUCUCCUCUCCUGCUACAGGCCACUCCCUUUUGCUACAGGCCACGCCCCGCCUGCUACAGGCCACCCCCCUCCUGCUACAGGCCACACCCCUCAUGCUACAGGCCACACCCCUCAUGCUACAGGCCACACCCCUCCUGCUACAGGCCUCUCCUCUCCUGCAACAGGCCACUCCCCUCCUGCUACAGGCCACACCCCUCAUGCUACAGGCUACUACCCUCCUGCUACAGGCCACUCCCCCUUUGAAACAGGCCACACCCAUCAUGCUACAGGCCACUCGCCUCCUGUUUCAGGCCUCUCCUCAGCUGCUACAGGCCACUCCCCUCAUUCUACAGGCCACACCCCACCUGUUGCAGGCCACGCCCCUCCUGGUACAGGCCACUCCCCUCCUGCUACAGGCCAGUCCCCUCCUGCUACAGGCCACUCCCCUCCUUCUACAGGCCACUCCCCUCCUGCUACAGGCCACGCACCUCCUGGUGGUGGUCGUCACUAGUGUUUGA